UGCGGCAUCACGCGACUAGCGGCACGGGGGCCUUAUAAGUCGGUAAUAGUAUCGGUGGUAGUAGUCCUUUUCGCACAGUGGCAUGUGCGUCGGAUGAAUUUUUGUGUUCCUCGACACUACUCGUGCAUAUUUAUAUCACAAAGGGCCACCGAGGAUUGGGAGCCGAAAGAGAUGAGCGAGAAAUUGUUUGCACUUACUCAGCAGUGCUUGUAGGUGGGUACGAGUGCAAUAAUCAAAGUUCGUAGCUGCAACGACGACGAACGACGACGACGACGAAAAUGUGGAGGAGAAUUGCCACGAGCCUGCUGCUAUCGAGCCUGACGAUCGGUACGAUGUGCGAGGCAUCGCCACUGGCGCGUUUUCAUCUGAAGAUCCUUCGACAUCCGCACGUCGAGGAGCACGGCUACGCCAUCGAGGGAAACAGAAUAAUCUCUCAACAGUCUUACGUGUCGGUAGGACGAACAAGGAGCCAUAGUGGCGCCAUAGUUCCCCGCCUGACGUUUACCGAUCUUCGAUCGGGUAACAAUCUGUAUCAUCAUCCUGUCAAUUACAACUAUCAGCGAAUCAUUCCACUGCCGAAACUCCUUCACUUCUCCGACGGGACGAUCGACGAGAGCUACGAUUCGGAAGAUCGAUACUCCAGCCCGGAUUUCUCGAACGGACUCGAUUAUCCGGAUCCGCUGCUGCUGCGGGGCGACGCGGCGCUGCGAGCGGUGAGCUACAUCUACGGCCGGGGCCAGCUGUACUACGGCGACGUGCCGCACACCCGGGCGCUGUUGAGGCUGCAGGCCGAGCGUCGCCAGAACGGCCUGCGCGACAAUCUGCUGAGCAGUCUCAGGCCCGGCUCGCCAUGGCUCGAUUAUUAUCGCCCGGCGUAUUAGGAUUGCCCUUUUGUGUAACGAUGUGCCACUUGAUUAUUUAUAGAUGCGUUAUUAAUAAUCAUUGUAAUUUGCGAAUGCGAAUGGUUUUCUUUCCAUUGCCUGUGCCAAACGAAAUUUUUGGAGAUAAUGGCUGGGUGACAGCUGUAUGCAACCAUGCUGGAGUGAUCGUUUAUAUUACAUUUAAUAACUGAAUUAAUUUUUUUAUAGGAUUCGUUGUAAAAAAAAUUAAUCAAUGUCGUAUACGUUGAAUAUUUUAGCCCUGGGUUAAAUAUUCUACACUUCAAUAUCCAAACCAUUAUGCUGUA